AUGGCCACCCCAGGCGAGCCCCUGUCAUCGCCUGUCAAUGCGGCCUGGUGGAAAGAGGCCUCGGUGUAUCAGAUCUACCCAGCUUCGUUCAAAGACUCCAAUGGCGAUGGAAUUGGAGAUAUUCCGGGCAUUAUUUCUGAACUUGACUAUCUGAAGGCUCUCGGGGUGGAUCUUGUUUGGCUCUCUCCUAUACUCCAGUCUCCGCAGGUGGACAUGGGUUAUGAUGUCUCUGACUAUUAUCAAAUUCACCCCCCAUAUGGCACAAUCAAAGAUGUGGACGACCUUAUCAAGGGAUUACAUGAACGGGGAAUGAGAUAUGUCAUGGAUCUCGUUGUAAACCAUACUUCGGAUCAGCACAAAUGGUUUAAAGAAUCUAGAUGCUCUCGGGACAAUGAGUUCAGAGACUGGUACAUAUGGAAGAAGCCUAAGUACGACGCAAAUGGAGUGCGCCAGCCGCCGAAUAACUGGAGAGCCUACUUUGGAGGAUCUGCGUGGCAGUACGAUGAGAAAACCGACGAAUAUUAUCUUCACCUGUUCGCGCCUGAGCAGCCCGACCUCAACUGGGAAAAUCCCAAAGUUCGCUCCGCCGUACACAGUAUCAUGAGGUUUUGGUUAAACAGAGGCGUCAGCGGUUUUCGCAUGGACGUGAUCAAUAUGGUCAGCAAGGACCAGAGCUUCCCAGACGCGCCCGUUACCGAUGCAAACUCCCAAUGGCAGCACGGGUCGAUGUACUACUGCUGUGGGCCACGUCUCCACGAAUACUUGCAAGAGCUGGGAAAGAUCCUGCAGGAAUAUGAUGCCUUUUCCGUCGGUGAGAUGCCCAACGUGUAUGAUCCAACAGAAUUUGGCAAGGCUGUCGGAUUCGACCGUGGCGAAUUAGCCAUGGCGUUUCAGUUCGAAAUCAUGGACAUUGACCACGGCCCUGAAGGCAAAUUCUCUCCUCACAAGUACAGAAUGUCGGACCUGAAGCAUAUUGUCUCCAAAUGGCAAGACUUCAUGUACCAUAAUGGAGGCUGGAACGCACUCUACCUGGAAAACCACGACCAGGGCAGGACGAUAUCGCGAUUCACCUCGGCGGGCCCAGAACACCGCGCCACCGCCGGCAAGAUGCUGGCCACCUUCCUGGGUCUCCAAACGGGUACUCCUUUUGUAUACCAGGGUCAGGAGAUCGGUCAGGUGAAUGUCCCAGAAACCUGGGGCAUUGGCAAAUUUAAGGACAUUGAGACUUUGAAUCAUUGGGACGAGGUGAUCGCGGCGCAUCCCAAUAACACCACACUCCACAAUGUGACAUUGCAGGAAUUCCGAGUAAAGUCCCGCGAUAAUGGACGCACUCCAAUGCAAUGGACCAAUGGUAAAUUCGCAGGGUUCACGACUGCGCCCAACGGUCCGUGGAUUGACGUUCAUCAUGACUAUGGAGACUGGAAUGCCGCUUCGCAGGUGGGAAACCCAGACAGUGUCUUCCAGUACUGGACAAAGGUCCUUGGCUUGCGAAAGGCACAUAAGCACCUCUUUGUAUAUGGCUCGUACAAACUGGUUGAUGAGAUGAAUGAUGAUCUAUUCACUUAUCUGCGAAUCUACGAAGGCCAGUCAGCUUUGGUGCUGGCCAACUUCACUGGCAAAGUGGUAAACUGGGUUGUUCCGGCGGACGCCAUUUCAAUCCUGGAGAAUGGGAUUAUACUGCUGGAAAACUACUCGCGUCGCCGCCCAGUGCUACCGGAUGGCACAGUGGCUGUAAAGCCAUUUGAGUCCUUCGUGGUGUUUCUGGAUGGCCGUGCCGGAGCUGGCGGGUAUGGUGGAAAACUUUGA